CGCCUCCUAGCGGAAGGGUUAAUGUAUGCUGGGAUAGAAUAACAAACAUGGCGACCAUCAACGUGAAAACUCGCUUGGACUUCAAGGAAAAAGAGGGAAAUUUGCGCGAGCUUGCGAAACGUUUUAGUCUUGAAGAAGUGGAAUUGUCUGAAAGUGUAGAGAUCUUCCGAACACAGGUCGCUUCAAAGCUUGAUUGCCCAACUUCGGAGCUAGAACUCAUCUACUGUGGACGCUGCUUAAGAGAUAACAAGACAUUGGAAAGCUAUGGAGUAUCAAAGGGUAGCACUGUGCAUGUUCUCAGGAAACGCACAACUGAGAACCAACAACAACCAGAAGCAGCUGGAGGUACUGCUGUGAGACAACUCCUGGUGGCCCUACAGUCUGCCCUGCUCAACCCGGCCCACAGGGAAAUAGUACAACGAGUCCUGAGCAAUCCUGUAACAAUGGAGAGUGUGAUAGCUGCAACACCAGGGCUGGCUUCUGAUCAAAUUGCACUGGCUUUGCUGAGAGAUGGAGAGCUGUUAAUGAACCUGGCAGACCCAGCUCAAGUGCAGAAGAUAGUGACUGCCCACCCCUGCCUGGUGCAGGCUGCCACCCUGAUCGCCACUGCUGUGAACGAGGAAGCAGCAUCAGGGGGAGCUCAGGGGGGGUCCAGUUCAGGUGGAGGGGGGUUGUUUGGGAUGGACUCUGAGGACGAGGAUAUGGAGACAGCUGACCAGGGUGUAGGAGGCAAUGACUCCCAGGCUGCCACACCCAGCCCCAUCACACCUGUACAGCUGGCCUCUGCACUAGCAACAGCAGCCAUGAACAUGCAGCCACAGGGUGGACAGGAGGUGCUACAGAGGCCGACUGCUAACACAAGUGGAUCUAGUUCUGCCACCACACCCACUAGUUCUACUAAUACAGCGUCUGCCAGUGGAGGAGAAGCUGCAGGCUCUCGACCAAUGAUAACCCAGGACCUGUUCAGUCAGGCCAUGCAGCAAGCCCUGACAGCUGCCACCCAGUCCCAGCUGCAGCAGAUGCGUGAGAUGGGAAUCACAGACGAUGCCCUGAGUUUGCGAGCCCUGCAGGCCACAGGUGGAGACGUCCAGGCUGCACUGGAGCUCAUUUUUGGAGACGGUCUAUGAAAUCACAUAACAGCCUUACACGACAUGGGAAUGUGAAUAUAGACAUUAGGCUCUGGAGUGACAGAAACAGUUUACGAGCUAUGAUUGUUGUACUAGAUAAAGAUGGUAAUGGUACCCUGGGCCUAUACAUAAGCAUUAAUUUAAACUAGUACUGUAUCUGAAUAUACGUUGGUCAUGUUUCUUACUGGUAUUGAUUUAUACAUUAAUUCAUUCAAUGACACUGUUCCUAUGUAGUGGUUUAGUUCAAUAUUUUUGCCAGGCUCAGGAAUACAAAAUAUCAUGUGACAUAAUUAAUUUCUGGCUAUUAAAACAUUCAGUUAAUUUCAAAAAUAUUUACAAUGGCAAAGAUUUAGUUCUUUAAUACUUACAAGAUUUAACAUUAGUUCAACCAUGUCACUGCAACGAUGAACAGUAGACCUGAAGGAAGUUUCUUUGUGAGAACAAGCUACUUAUACAUUGUAUACUGUACAUUCAAACAAUCUAUACAACAUUAAAUCAGGGAAGAAUUUGUCAUCCCUUAAGAUAACAAUUGUGCACUAACUAAUUUGGCAACUGCCCUGUUUUUGAACAGAACCUGUCGUUAAGUCUGUCCCAUGACAGUUAUUUGCUGCAGCAUUUGACACUGAACCCAUUUGAGCCUGGAACAAAAUCCUGCAGCAGUUCACUUCUACUCAUCUGGAGAUCAGCAACAUGGGGAAUAUCUGUGGAACAACCAAAAUAUAAUAACAAAAGUUACUUAAUUUGUUAUGCCUCUACCAGUAUAAUAAAAACA